AUGGCUUCCAAGUCCUCUGCCCCCAAGUCCUCUUCGUCGCCGUCUGAUGUUACGCGGGCCCCCUCGACGCGUACGAAAGAGACAGCGCCCGCAAGCUCGAGCGCGCAGACCCAGUCGCGAGCAUCGGAGCCCAAGCCAACGUCUGGAGCCAAUUCAACAUCGUCAAUUCCCAACGGGAAAACAUCUUCUCAACCGGCGGCUGGUUCCGCGCGAGCGUCUGCACAGAAACCAGCCAAGUCCAAGAAGAAGAAACAAAGCGGUUUCUGGGCGUCUCUCAAGGCAGCGCUUAUCCCAUGUGCUGCCCCCUCGGCCGCCCACCCUAUCGACGAAGAUGUACUUUCCACAGAGCCGGCGCCCGCUCCCCCAACUUCGGAGCGUGAGAAGGAAAAGUCUCCCACUCCUGCUCCUGCCCCGAUCUCUGAAAAACCGGCCGUCCCACCUGCUGAACCCAAGGCUGUUGAGCCCACCAGCUCCAAGGCCAGCACUACUAUUGCCCCUGAAGCCAAGUCAAAGCCUACUGUUGCUCCCUUGGUUCCAGUUCCAGUGCCGGCUGCACCAGUUGAGCCCGAGGAGGUCGUCCCCCCCAGCCCCAAACCUCAACUUGCCCCAGAAGAAGAGUCCAAAGGCGUGACUUCGGCGGCUGUUCAGCCCUCAGGUUCCACCGGAGCAGAAACUGACGCCGAGACGAGCCUUACUGACGAUGAAGACGGCGACAGGGGACUGGAAGAUCCCGACCAAGAAGACGAGGAGGAGCGACUCAUCAUGCAAGGAGGGGCAGGAAUUCCCGUUGGGCCGGACGGCGAACCCAGGCCAUUGCUCCCCCCGCUUGCUCCUGCGCACGCCGGACGCAAGUGCCUCGUGUUGGAUCUCGACGAAACACUUGUACACAGUAGUUUCAAGCUUAUUCCUCAAGCGGACUAUGUCGUCCCUGUCGAGAUUGAGUGGCAAUGGCACAACGUAUAUGUGAUCAAGCGUCCUGGUGUAGACAACUUCCUCAAGAAGAUGGGAGAGUUGUACGAAAUCGUAGUCUUCACCGCAAGCUUGAGCAAGUAUGCUGAUCCGGUCCUAGACAAGCUUGAUAUUCACAAAGUUGUGUCGCAUCGUCUGUUCCGUGAGAGUUGCUACAACCACAAGGGCAAUUACGUCAAGGAUCUAUCCCAACUCGGGCGUCCGUUGACUGAUACCAUCAUUUUGGACAACUCACCGGCAUCCUACAUUUUCCACCCCAACAAUGCGGUGCCCGUCUCGUCUUGGUUCAAUGAUCCUCAUGAUACCGAGCUGACCGACUUGUGCCCCUUCUUGACGGACCUCAGGGUCGUGGACGAUGUUCGUGGAGUUUUGGAUGGUGGUCUCUAA